AUGGAAAAUUCUGCAAAUCAAAGAGUCAGAAGGACCUUUGACAUACGAAUACAGCCCGCAAGUGACUCAACGAAGAAAACGGUCCUGCCAAAAAGAAAGUACUCAAGAGUAAAUACACCGGAGUGGCGAAAGGAUCAGGCAAAGAUCAAAGUGAACCCUCUAGUAAGCGAGGUGACUCAAUUUUUAGAUAAGAAAGCAGUUCACUGUACUCUUGCAGUCCAAACAGACCAGCCAGCAGGUAAACAGAGUCAGCGCUACUUUGGGUUAUGCAAUGACCCUUCGCCGGAUGAUGAUGAUUCCGAUAAGGAUGACCGAUACGACGACAGCGACGAUGAGGAUGAUGAGUACCGUCCCAAGCCAGAAAAUACGGGUAUGAGGAUGAAGUCGAGUAAAGAAGGUAGCCCGGCGGUUGUAGAACCUAAAUAUGAGCAGACAGGGGGUGUCUUAUGGUACCUCCUGGACAAGCUUGGAUCAACUACAAAGUUCACGAAUAGCGAAAUUAGACACGAAGCGCAGCGUGCUUGGCGCCGAUAUAAAGGAUGCAGGCUCAACAGUAGCCAGAAGCUUUGUGUCUUAUUAGCCGUCAACAUCCGGUGCAGGCAAGCUACAUUCAUGGAAAUCCUGAAUGGCAAGGGGCAGGGAAAGAUAUCUGAUCGCAAAUUAGCCCUAAAGUAG